AAUAAGUGCCACAUAGUGCGGACAAUCAAUUUCCGUUGAGUUUGAAAGAGCCGUCAGAUUUCAAUAAUAGCAAUCUGCUCGCGAGAGUUUCGGUUCUCUAGAAAGUCGGACAUUCUAAUAAUAUAUCAGGUUCUCGAGAGCAGCCCCCAUACAAUAUAGUAUAAUAUCUGGCCCAGUCUCCCAGUGUUCGUGCUGCACUCUGCUAUCCAUUAUCCGUUUGCUCGCGUGUUAGACGUAGAUUAUCAUCCGUGAAGGCAGGACACAAGAUCGGCUGUGAUCAUGGACCCGGAAGCAUUUUUGGACGUGGCCAACCAGGUCAUCAAGCUGAAAAUGUUUCCGUUCUUCGACAUCGCUCACAGUCUACUUGCCGCGCUGGCCGUGCGUGAGGACUUGGGCGCCAAUGCUCAGGCGUUUUCGCGGAAGCAUCCGCUCGCCUGCUGGCUCUCCACCAUGCUGGUGAUCUUCGCCGGCGGUAUGGUGGCCAACGGACUGCUGGGCGAGCCGAUAUUGGCUCCCCUCAAGAACACGGGGCAGCUCCUCGUGGGAACUGCUGUGUGGUACGUCGUCUUCUACACGCCAUUCGACAUCGGUUACAAGGUAGCCAAGUUCCUGCCCGUUAAGAUCGUUGCCAGUGCCAUGAAGGAGAUCUAUCGGGCAAAAAAGGUGUACGAUGGUGUGGGACAUGCGGCCAAGCUGUAUCCGAAUGCCUGGAUAAUCAUGAUCAUCAUCGGCACCCUGAAGGGCAACGGAGCGGGAUUCACCAAGCUGAUCGAGCGACUCAUCCGUGGAGCAUGGACUCCAACGGCCAUGGAAUUCAUGCAGCCCAGCUUCUACACCAAGGCUUCCCUGCUGGCCUCGAUCAUAUUUGUGCUGGACAAGAAGACCGACUGGAUCUCAGCGCCACAUGCACUCGUUUACUUUGGCAUCGUCAUAUUCCUGGUCUACUUUAAGCUGUCUUCCAUCCUGCUGGGCAUCCACGAUCCCUUCCUGCCGCUGGAGAACCUUUGCUGUGCCAUCUUUUUCGGCGGCAUUUGGGACAGCCUGGCCAAGAUCCUGGGCCGCGGGCAGGCCAAGGACGGCGAUAGCAAAGAUGUUAAGAAGAGCAACUAAACUAUUUGUAGUCAGCCCUUCCCACGACAAAUAGUACUUAACGCUGCCAACCAAAGCUAACGCCUAAACCGCACACAAUUUAUACAUAAUUAGCAAUUUAUACAUAACGAACGAGAUCUUCCCAUGUGAUUCGAUUCAGAAGCGCAAGCCAAAGACAUUUUUUGUGAGGCGUGAAAGUUUGCUCUUGAGGAUCAGCACUUGGUUGGGUGUGCCAGCUGUUCCUCGACUCCGAUUUCACGCCGAGUGUAAGCCCUCGAAAAAUUUGUAUUGUUUUACGAUUGGUAGGUUUUUUUUUGUUGUUUGUGAAAAAGCAGCUGCAGAAAGCACAGACUUAUUAAGAUGCCAUGCUUAAGCGCUUUAAACAUGGCCCAUACAGCUCAUCUACUACUAAGACGACAGCCAAUAAUGAUUUUAGACAAGGAGCACGCCGAGUCUUGUGACUUUUGCUGCAAAAGCGCGUGCUCAACGAACGAAAUGUGUAAAUAUUGAAGUCGUUUCCAUUGUAACCUUUUUUUUUUUUUGUAUACAUUUUAAGAGAUUUUUUUGCCGACGACCCAUUCGAAAACUGAAUGAUAGAUCAUUGCUUCAAGAUUGUGAACACGUAUUCAAGCUGAAUUUAAGGCAAUUGUAUGAGGUGUGAAUGUUUAUUGUUUGCAAUAAAAUUAAACUACGA